AUGGACCACCACUCUCAAGCUCGCCAACCGAGAGAUCGACGUCGCCGAUCCUGUUCAGUGGAGAGGCAAGAUCGGUCACGGCAUUCCAGGGAAGGCAGUGACCGACCACGGAAGGUGAUCAACACAAUAGCCGGAGGCUUCGCCGGGGGCGGCUCCACCUCUUCCGCACGAAGGCGACACCUUCGCGCAGUCCGAUCAGUGAACAGUGUGAAUCAACCGAGACUGCCGAUAAUGCCACCUAUCACCUUUUCCGACCGGGAUUUCCGUGGUGCCGAUCCCGUCCAAGACGACCCCAUGGUGAUUUCGGUCGAGAUGCACAACUGCAUUGUAAAGAAAACAUUGGUCGACCAGGGAAGCUCGGCUGAUAUCUUGUACUGGAACACUUUCGUGCAGCUGGGAAUUCUGGAAGAGAGCCUAGAACCGUAUCACGAGCCACUAGUAGGAUUCGCCGGCGAAAGAGUGAUGACGAGAGGAUGCAUUGACCUGUACACCCGCUUUGGUUUCGACCAAGAGUCUUCCCGAGAGAUAAAAAUCCGUUACAUCGUGGUGCAUGCGAGUACAUCUUACAAUAUCUUACUCGGCCGACCCUCCAUCAACGCGCUGCAAGCCAUCGUGUUGACCCCUCACCUAUGCAUGAAGUUCCCGUCGAGAGAUGGGCAGGUAAUAACCGUUCACGCCGAUCAGAAAACGGCAAGAGAAUGUUAUCUCUCCAGUCUAAAGGUCCAACCCAUCGCCGACCCCCCGUCGACGGCGAAAGGUGUUAACGUAAUAAGACAGGAGAUGACGAAAGGUCUGGACCUCGACCCUCGCCUAGGUGAAGAAGAGCGAAUCGAACCGGCCGAAGACCUCGUUUCUUUUGAACUCGGACGGACCCUCGAGCAGGUCACCCAUAUGGGAUCUCAGCUGAAUAAAGACGAUUCGAACCAGGUGAAACGAACGGUUCGAGAUAACAAAGAUCUGUUCGCGUGGACGGCGUCUGACAUGCCGGGGAUCGAUCCUAAAUUCCUGUGUCACCGACUAGCCGUAUGUCGAGACGCCCGACCAGUCGCACAGAAGAAAAGAAAGAUGGGCGACGAGAAGAGGAAAGCGGCCGAUGCCGAGGUGAAAAAAUUGUUACAGGCUGGAUUCAUAAGGGAAGUCACCUACACCACCUGGCUAGCUAACGUGGUUCUGGUCAAAAAGUCGAGCGGAAAGUGGAGAAUGUGCACCGACUACACCGACCUCAACAAGGCCUGUCCCAAGGACGCCUAUCCACUGCCUUGCAUCGACCGACUUGUUGAUGCUGCCUCCGGACACUCCAUAUUUAGCUUCCUCGACGCCUAUUCCGGUUACAACCAGAUAAAGAUGCACUCGGCCGACGAGGAGAAGAUGGCGUUCAUCAUUGAGAACGCCAACUUUUGUUACCGAGUCAUGCCGUUUGGACUGAAGAACGCCGAGGCCACCUACCAAAGGUUAAUGGACAAAGUGUUUCGAGGUCAAAUCGGCCGAAACAUUGAGAUUUAUGUGGACGACAUGGUGGUGAAGUCCGAUUCCGUGGCCGAUCAUGUGGCCGACCUAGCCGAAAUCUUCGAUGAACUAUGCAAGCACAACAUGAGACUCAACCCCGAGAAGUGCACCUUCGGAGUCAAGGGGGGCAAGUUCCUAGGGUUUAUGCUUUCGGAAAUGGGGAUAGAGGCAAACCGAGACAAGUGCUAG